AUGAACACUGUAAUGAGUUGUGCUGCUCACGUUUCUACGACUACCGCGUCGUCGUCGUCGUCGAAGAUGAUGAAGAUGAUGAAGAAGAGCGGAGCAGUCAGUGGUGUAAAGAGAAGAGUUGUGAACCAAAAUAUGAAGAAGAAGAACAACAACAAUCGAAGAGGAAACGCAUUGAAAGUGUUCAGCAGCAACACGAAACAGGAAACGGAGAGUAAGAACGAAAUAUUGGAGAAAACGAUGACGCCUUUGGAGAUUAUGGACGACGCUUUGAAAACGUACGGAGACGAUAUCGCGAUUGCGUUUUCUGGUGCCGAGGAUGUGGCUUUAAUUCAAUACGCGCACUUGACGAACAGACCAUAUAGAGUGUUUUCCUUAGACACCGGGAGAUUAAACCCGGAAACGUACGAAUUAUUUGACCAGGUUGAGAAGCAUUUCAACAUUAAGAUUGAAUAUUGCGUCCCGAACGAAGAAAAAUUGGAAGCGUUUGUCAACGAGAAAGGGUUGUUUUCGUUUUACGAAGACGGGCACAAGGAGUGCUGCGGCAUUCGUAAGGUGCAACCGUUGAGGAAAAAGUUGUCCACGUUAAAAGCAUGGAUUACUGGUCAAAGAAAAGAUCAAUCACCUGGUACGAGAAUGCAAGUCCCGGCGAUACAGUUAGACCCGGCGUUUCAAGGUAUUUUAAACGGAAGUGAACUCGUGAAAUACAAUCCGCUGACAAACGCCACCUCGCAAGAAGUUUGGGACUUUUUGAGAGUCAUGUCGACGCCUGUGAACGCGUUGCACACGCAAGGAUACGUUUCAAUCGGUUGCGCGCCUUGUACCAGACCGGUAACUCCUGGGCAACAAGAGCGAGAAGGUCGAUGGUGGUGGGAGAAUGCGAGCGAUAAAGAGUGUGGCUUGCACUCGGGAAAUUUGAGCAAAGAGGAAAAAGAAAAGCAGGAUAAGCGAGAAGAAGACGCCGCGGAUAUCUUCACCGAUGCUUCGGCUAUUUCGGUUGAGACGCGAGAGUCGAUGGAGAAACGAAUCUCUCGAGGUUUAAAGAACGAAGAAAACGAAAUGAUUGUUUUGUACGCGCCUUGGUGUCCGUUUUGCCAAGCCAUGGAGGGUAGCUUUACGGAGUCGGCGCAAACGUACGGCAAAGCUAAGAACGUGCGAUACUCGAAGUUCCGCGCCGAUCAAGACGAGAAAGAGUGGUCGAAAGAAAAUUUAAGCUUGGCAUCUUUCCCGACGAUCUUGCUUUUCCCGAAAGGACGCGAAGGGUACGUAAAACUUGGCGGUGAAAGGCGCGACGUGGAGAGUUUGCAAAUUUUUGUCGAGUCCAUCGUCGGCAAAGAACUUUCUUUUCUCUUCUUCUGUGCGACGACGAGAGUCUCUUUUUUUUAUCCAAUUUUACUCACAGUAGUACUCUCUCUCGUCGUCGUCUGGUGUCCUUCAAAAAGCAACGACACGCGACGAGAACAAACGACUCACAUUUCCCUUUUGUUUUCUUCUUCUUAUGAACAAACAGAGAUAUCUUCGUAUUGUUACAACGUCUUCACGUCCGCUGAGAUUCAGACGUUAUACAAAAGGUUCCAACAACUCGAUAAAAAACACAAAGGAUACAUCAGCGAAGACGAACUGUUGAACAUUCCAGAGUUGGCAAUUAACCCUUUAGCGCCGAGAAUAGUCCAGCUGUUCGUAAACGUCAACUUUAAAGAGUUUUGUCGCUUGCUUUCUCUGCUCUCGAAGAAUGCCAACGAGAAGUCUAAAAUUUCAUUCAUGUUUCGCGUGUACGACGUCGACGCCGACGGGAUCGUAUCGAGAAACGACUUGGAAAUCAUACUGAGACAGUUAGUUGGAUCGACCCUGAGCGAAGAGAAAAUCGACGCGUUGGUACAGAAAGCGAUGAAUGAAGUAUUAGAGCUCGAAAACAACACUAGUAAUAGCGAUAGCAACAACAGAAAGAAUAACAGUAGCAGUAGCAACAACAACAACAACGCGACGGCGUUACCCGGUCUUACCGAGAGUGCUUUCUAUUCGGUCUUCUCGAGCGGUAACGCCGAAUUAGUCCCGACUGUUUCCAUUCACGAGGACGACGAUUAA